AUGCAGAACCUGACUACUGUUGUUGUCAAUAUCGUCUUUGUCAUGAAAAUCCUGAAUGCCCUUAUAGUGAGUUUUUUCGUGCGUGAUCCGGAUGAUUUUAGAGUCUUUUCAUUUACAUAUGAUCAUAUUCAGAAACGAUUGGUUGCAAAUGAGAGUUAUUGGAAGGCUCUUGAUGAAAGAGUCUAUGGACACUAUAAUAAUAUGAAUGUGAUUGAGGAUGAAGAACCAUCGGUUAUAGAAUUUGUGGUUGAAAAAUCAUUGGUUGACGAAUCGUUGAUUGAAAAAUCAUUAGUUGUAGAAACGGUGGUUGAAAAUUCCUUUGUUAAUGAUGAGGUUAUUCAUGAGGGUAAAAUAUUCAAGUCGAUAUUGGAUGAUAAAGACAAAGACUACCUCCAUGCAUUUGUUCUUUUAGGUGGCCUUCAGAUGAUUUCAGAUGAUUUGGUUAGGAAUGGUCACUUUGAAGAGACCCUUGUUCAAGAUCUGCUCUCUGGCCUUUCUUGGGACAAGUGGGCUUGCUCUCAGCAAUCUUCAACACUUGACAACAUUGACGAGUGGAGAUGGAAAUUGUCCAUGCUUCUUCGAAAUAAAGAUGAACAAGAAGUGGUGUCUAGAGAGAGAAAGGACAGACGUGACUUUGACCAACUUUCUGCAAUGGCAACCAGAAUGGGUUUGCACAGCCGUCAAUAUUCCAAAGUGGUUGUAUUUAGUAAAGUUCCCUUGGCAAAUUAUCGCCAUGACCUGGAUGAUAAGCGGCCACAAAGGGAGGUGGUACUUAGUUACGAUCUGCAAAAGGAUGUAGAUAUUCUUCUGAAGAGGCACCUGUCUGAAAAUUCCCUUAAUAAAGAGGCUUUUCAAAAUUUUUCCAUGUCAAGAAAUACUUCCAGUCUGGGUAAGCUGGGAUACAACCAUCCUGAACCCACAGUGCAGAUGAUUGCUGCAAAAGAGAAAAUGCUUCGGGAGAAAAGUUUGCGACUCCGGAUUCAGCAGCGAGAGUGGCAGGAAUCAUCGGAGGGUCUGAAGAUGCUAGAAUCUCGAAGAAGUCUACCUGCAUACAAAGAGAGGGAUGCUUUAUUGAAGGCUAUCUCAGAAAAUCAGGUAGUAGUUGUCUCUGGUGAAACUGGUUGUGGUAAAACAACUCAACUUCCUCAAUACAUUUUAGAGUCUGAAAUUGAAGCUGCUCGUGGAGCUAGUUGUAGCCUCAUCUGUACACAACCGAGAAGAAUAUCAGCUAUGGCUGUUUCAGAGAGGGUUGCUGCUGAACGAGGGGAACAACUUGGAGAAUCAGUUGGCUACAAAAUUAGAUUGGAGGGCAUUAAAGGAAGGGAUACAGGUCUCCUCUUCUGUACUACUGGUAUACUGUUGAGGAGACUGCUUGUUGACAGAAAUUUAAGGGGUGUGACCCAUGUCAUUGUUGAUGAAAUUCAUGAACGUGGCAUGAAUGAAGAUUUUCUCCUGAUUGUCUUGAAAGAUCUUCUACCACGCCGGCCAGAUUUGAGGCUGAUUUUGAUGAGCGCAACCCUGAAUGCUGAGCUAUUUUCCUCUUACUUUGGUGGAGCUCCUAUGCUACAUAUUCCUGGUUUCACAUUUCCUGUACGAGCACACUAUCUGGAGAAUAUCUUGGAAACUACAGGAUAUAGGUUGACCCCCUAUAAUCAGAUUGAUGAUUAUGGUCAAGAAAAGGUAUGGAAAAUGCAGAAACAAACCAUGAGGAAGAGAAAGACACAAAUUGCAUCAGCAGUAGAGGAUACACUAGAAGCUGCUGAUUAUAAUGGGUAUAGUCAUCGUACUCAAGAUUCAUUGUCCUGCUGGAACCCAGAUUCGAUUGGUUUUAAUCUCAUUGAGCACGUACUAUCCCAUAUAUGUAAGAAUGAAAGACCUGGUGCGGUCUUAGUUUUUAUGACUGGUUGGGAGGACAUUAAUUCUUUGAAGGACCAGCUCCAAGCUCAUCCUUUGCUUGGAGAUCCGAACAGGGUUUUGUUGCUUGCUUGCCAUGGUUCCAUGGCUAGUGCUGAACAGAGGUUGAUAUUUGAUAGGCCACCAGAAGGAGUGAGGAAAAUAGUACUUGCGACAAACAUGGCAGAGACUAGUAUCACCAUAAAUGAUGUGGUCUUCGUUGUCGACUGUGGUAAGGCAAAAGAGACAUCAUAUGAUGCACUAAAUAACACUCCCUGCUUGCUACCAACCUGGAUCUCAAAAGCUGCUGCUCGGCAGAGAAGAGGUAGAGCUGGUCGUGUUCAAUCCGGGGAGUGUUACCAUCUUUACCCCAAAUGUGUCUACGAUGCUUUCAGUGAUUAUCAAUUGCCAGAACUUUUGAGGACACCCCUACAGUCCCUCUGUCUUCAGAUAAAAAGCUUAGAUCUUGGUGGUAUUUCUGAGUUUCUGUCGAAGGCUUUGCAACCACCUGAGCCAUUAUCGGUUCAAAAUGCUGUUGAUUUUUUGAAAAUCAUUGGAGCUUUGGACGAAAACGAAAAUCUUACUGUGCUUGGUCAGAACUUGUCUGUGCUUCCUGUGGAGCCCAAGCUUGGGAAGAUGCUAAUAUUGGGGGCUAUGUUCAAAUGCUUGGACCCCGUAAUGACUGUUGUUGCUGGUUUAAGUGUUAGAGACCCCUUCAUGAUGCCAUUUGACAAGAAGGAUCUCGCUGAGUCAGCUAAGGCUCAGUUCUCCGGUCGUGGAUUCAGUGACCAUAUUGCCCUUAUUCGAGCUUAUGAAGGAUGGAAAGAUGCUGAAAAACAACAAUCUGGUUAUGAAUACUGUUGGAGAAAUUUUUUGUCUGCCCAGACAUUGAAAGCUAUUGAUUCCCUACGGAAGCAGUUCUUUUCAUUACUUAAAGAUACAGGUCUUGUUGAGCUUGAUAAUGAAAGUCAAAAUAAGUGGAGCCAUGACGAGCAUCUUGUUCGAGCAAUCAUCUGUGCUGGUCUUUUCCCUGGUGUUUGUUCCGUUGUUAAUAAAGAGAGAUCAAUAAUGCUGAAAACAAUGGAAGAUGGACAGGUUCUUUUGUAUUCGAAUUCAGUGAAUGCGCAAGAGCCAAAAAUAUCAUAUCCAUGGCUAGUCUUCAAUGAGAAGAUAAAGGUCAAUUCUGUUUUCCUGAGGGAUUCAACAGCAGUUUCAGAUUCCGUGUUGUUACUGUUUGGAGGAGACAUUUCUAGGGGUGCACUGGAUGGACACCUAAAAAUGCUGGGAGGAUACUUAGAGUUCUUUAUGAAACCUGGCUUAGCAGACAUCUACCUGUGCUUGAAAAGAGAACUUGAGGAGCUAAUUUAUUACAAGCUCUUGGAGCCCAAGUUGGACAUAUGUAGAUAUGUGGAUCUUUUAUCUGCAAUAAGAUUAUUGAUAUCAGAAGAUCAAUGUGAGGGUAGAUUUGUCUUUGGUCGUCAAUUGCCAGCACCAUCAAAAAAGGGAGGUAAAGCGACAAGUGUUCGUGGUGAUAAAAAAAGCGGGGAUGAUAAUUCCAAAAAUCAAUUGCAAACUUUGCUUGCAAGGGCAGGACAUGAAGCACCUGCUUAUAAGACGAGACAACUGAAAAACAACCAAUUUCGCGCUACUGUAGAUUUCAAUGGCUUGGAGUUUGUUGGCCAACCUUGUAACAAUAAGAAGCAAGCAGAAAAAGAUGCUGCUGCAGAGGCCGUAAAGUGGUUGAUGGGUGAUACCCCUUCAUUCGGGGGAGAUAUUGACCAUUUGUCAAUGUUCAUGAAAAAAAGCAAUAAAAAAUAUGGCAAAGGAACAUAGAUGUGUAACUUGAAUAUGUCCGAUGUCCCUGCGAAAUACUGCAUCAUAUGGAGCUAAGUUAUUAGAAGCCAAUUUUUUGUUACUGGUAUGGCCUUCUCACCCUUGUUUUUCUUCUGGGUUAAAAGAUGGCAAAUUUUGAAACAUGUUUGAUGGUCAAGUUUUGCGAUGAGGAUGACCCAUUACAGGACACCUCAUUUAUAGGACGUAAUGUUCGGUGUCUUUUGGCUGGAAAUUUACGAGCUUAAAUUCAUCCCUUCCUGCCAAAGUCUUGCAAUUUGACCUAUAAAGAUGGGACUCAGGUAGUGUACUGAUGUAUUUGUAAAUAAGAUUAAAUGAUCAACGUCCAAAGUAUCAUAAUACACUCAUUGUUAGGAAGAUACACUGCUAUUGUAAACAUGAAUAUGUUCGUCUACAUUAGCAUUUUUGUCCUUCGUUCAGCAGCCACUGUAAUGGAUGAGUUUAUUAAGGCAGGGACGUCGGUGAAUUGGAUAUAGGUUGCUCUCAGUGAUAGCCUUGGACAUGAUUAUACGACGGCUUAUUCAAUUGGAUGGAAUGGAUUGAUAUGGGGCAAGGCGAAGAGAGUUUUCUUAGAUUAGGGCUCUACAACAUUCACUUCUACUUUUGGAAGCUAUAGGAAUUAGAUAUGUUUACAUGGGAGCACAAUUCUCUUUCUGAUGAGAUACGUAAUGUAGAACACUUUAUUAUGAUUAAUCUUUAAGAUAAAAACUGACCUUGUAGUCACAUAUUGUUUUAUAUUUUUUGAAGUACUUAUUUGUAUUUUAUAUAGGUUAAUAUUGUCUC